CGCCGCAUACGGCAGAACCUUGGAAUACUCGUCCCGCCCCUUUCAAAUGAGGCAGCGGGUGCCAGAGUCGGAAUCGCAUAGUGAAUUACUUUUUUCUGUGUUGUCCUGUUCUCGUAGUGCGCGGUCAGUCCACCCCCCACUCAGCUGUGGGUUGCGGACUGACCAACCCCCACUCCCCAUUCCUAAGGAAGCCGUCCCCUCGCCGAUUCGAGGCUGCAGCCCCUCUCAAAUCGCAUGUAGUUCCUGUGUCGGACACACAGAGCGCCCAUUGUUAGCCCCCCUCCCCCGAUGGGACUGGGCAGGAAACCCAUGACUUCCUAGCACACAGGACGAGGGAAGACAGGAGCGCAGCCGUUCGGAGGACGGGAUGCGGCGCUAGAGGAGCUGAAACUCCGGGAGAGGAACGGCUGAACUCUGAGAGGCCGAACAAUGAGCCGCGGGAGGGAGGACGGCGGCAGUGGCGGCGGCGGAGCUCCGGAACUUCGGGACAAGAGAAUGCUGAAGUGCGUGGUGGUCGGAGACGGUGCGGUGGGCAAAACUUGUCUGCUCAUGAGCUACGCUAACGACGCCUUCCCGGAGGAGUAUGUGCCCACGGUGUUUGACCACUACGCAGUUAAUGUGACAGUCUCAGGGAAGCAGCACUUACUUGGACUCUACGACACAGCAGGACAGGAAGACUAUAACCAACUGAGGCCACUUUCCUACCCCAACACAGAUGUGUUCCUAAUCUGCUUUUCUGUGGUAAAUCCUGCCUCCUACCACAAUGUCCAGGAGGAGUGGGUCCCUGAGCUGCGGGCCUGCAUGCCGCAUGUGCCUUAUAUUCUGAUUGGAACUCAGAUCGAUCUGCGAGAUGAUCCGAAGACUUUAACUCGGCUGCUUUAUAUGAAGGAAAAACCCUUGACAUAUGAGCAGGGAAUCAAACUAGCCAAAGAGAUUGGAGCCCAGUGCUAUUUGGAGUGCUCAGCUCUCACCCAGAAAGGCCUUAAGACUGUGUUUGAUGAAGCCAUCUUGACUAUUUUUAGCCCUAAGAAAAAGAAGCAGCGCUGUUUGUGUUGCCAUAGAUGUUGUACCCUAGUAUGAAUACUUGUGUUGCCUUAGAUUUUGCAUCAUUUUAUAGUACGAGUACCGCUGUGCUGGAAGGGGACGACUGAAGGAUAACUGAGGACUGGGAACCAGAACUUCCCAAAAUCAAUCAAAUCACAGGAAUCCUCCUUUGAUUCUUUAAUGCUCCUUCUGGUAAGAGAUUUUUACAUGCACAAGAACCCCUGGUGCCCCACCAAUGAAGCCUAAAAGAGAUUAUGGCUCAACCAUCAGCCUUCUUGCUUCUAAUAUUUGUGGCCUUGUUGUAUGUGUGAAGCUGCCUGUGGAUAAAAUGAAGGAAUCAGUUUAAGACAUUUUAUUGUAUUCUAAUGAGUAGCACUGUCUGUGGGCUUCAUCGACACAGAGUGGACAGCCUGGCAUUUCCUGAGCGUUCCUUUUGAGUCCCUUUAAAGCCUUUAGGGAUUAAUUAAAAGUUCCUAAAUAGAGAAUUCACAGUGAAACACCUUUACUUUGCAUCAUAAGAUGUUCAUUGUGCAUUUAGUGCUAUCCAAAUGAAACAAGGAAAAAUCCUCCUUGGAGUAAAGUUCAAGCUGAAGUGAGCCUAUUCUACAGAUAUCAUUUGACUUAUCCACCAGUCUUCAGAGUGAACUGUAUUCAGGACAGCUACCUUUUUUAGCAUUAUUUUUCAAAAACCUCUUACUUAAAGGUUGGACAUUCCACUUUUUCAAAUUCCAGCACUACAUUGUGUAUUAACGUGGCCAUAUACCACAUAGUGGGGGAAUGGGAGAGUCUGUGCAGGCCUGAGGCCUAAGUGUGUGUUUCUCUGAUGUAAUGGAUAGCGUCUCAGCGGAAAUGGGCUUCUGUUUCAUACGAAAACUUUAAAUACCCAUGAGGCUAAAAACUUGAUUUUCAUUUUCUGUACAGGCCAAUUGUAGCAAUACUUUAAUGCUUUUUUUUUUAUAUUUUUAUUGUUCUUGAAAUUUUAAAAGUUGGUAUUUAAAACAUUGGUGGUUCACAUGUAUAAUAUGGGCCCUCCUUUACGCAAGGCAUGGUUGAAUGUUGCCUGUGCUUAUCUUGGUGUACGGUUUAGGUUGUCAGACAGCAGCCCUUAGCUGUUAAAGAAGAGCUUCUCUGAAUAUUGUUUGGUUGGUUUGCCCUUUUAAGUUUUAAUAUGCCAGUCGAAGCCCUGGCAUAUACAGUAUGUCAGUGUUUUUGGUUGGUAGAAAGUGCCACUUCUGAAAGUGUGUUUUUUUAAUAUUUGAUAUAUUAAUCAGUGAGCAGUACAAUAUUUUAUAUAUGACAAUUUAAAAAAAAAAAAAGAACAAAAACAGAACCACAUGUAUCUAUUUUUAUACAAUUUUUUAACAUCACUAUGAAAAGAAUUACACUUUUGGUGACAUUUAUUUUUUGCACAAAAAAAAAAAAUCUCUCUAAUUCUACACAGAGAGUCGCCUAAAUGAUCUGCUCUGUAUAUUUUGCCGGUGACGCCUUAAUAAUGCAGAAUAAUACUUGUGUACCUUCAUAGGGAGUAGGAUAUAAUAUUACCCCUCAACUCCCCGUCUGUCCUGUUGACCAUCACUUUGUAGUUUAGGUAGUGGGUACAGAUGCACACAGCACUGAAGGUCUCUUCAUGACUGAUUAAACACCAAACCAGUGUACCUUAAGUACUGCUGUUGACAAGGUCUUGUCGGCGUCCACAAGUGUACGAGCCAGUUCUGUGACACAGGACUUUAACAGAAAAAAAGAAAUGAAUUGCUUUGAAGAAGAGGAUGGAUUUUUUUUGGGGUUAAAUUUUCCUUCUCACUAAUAAUAAAAUACAUUGCUUACUUAUUCUGUGCUUGGAUUUAUGUAAUGCCAAGAAGUCCAUUCUGCCUUUUAGUGGUAAUGCAUCAAUAAAUAUUUUUUAAAAAACA